AUGGAGCGUGGUUUAUGGGGUUUCACUCAAGAAGGCCAAGAAAGUCCUCUUGCAGCUGAUGCGUCUGCAACUGUGAAGAGUGCUUUUCGCCUUCGAUCCGACAAAGCUUAUUCGCUUAUUGCUUUGAACGUGGAGAAAGAUUUCCAAGUUCACAUAACGUCAACAACAGAUCCACUCGCCGCGUGGAAAAUUUUGCAGAAGCAAUUCGAAUUUGUGUCAGUCACUCAGAUUGUUCGUUUUAAUCGCAAGUUUUACGCAGCAAGUAUGAAGGAAGGCGCAGACUUGAUGCAACAUUUUACUCACAUGACUUCCCUAGCGGAACAAUUGCGAGAAAAGAAUGAAGAAAUCUCGUCGAAGAAAUUUGCUACGGUCGUGUUAGGAAGUUUACCCGACUCGUAUGAUAAUUUCCUGACAAGUUUAAACGCUAGAAGUGCCAAUGAUCUCGACUGGGAAAAUGUUAAAGGAUUAUUGAUUGAAGAGUAUAUGAAGCGUUCUUAG